CUGUCAUUGACUGCGACUUAAAUCCAAACCUACAUGCAGGUGCGUAUAUACUAGGAGCUCUUGGGCCAACAAGAAGAGGCUCUCUUUGAUACUGUUGCGACAACUCAAUUUUCGCCUUGCUCCGCCGUGCCAAGCCUGGCACGACAACCAUGUCCACGCUUUUCAUAACCCUUUUGGCCACGAUCUCGACCGUCAAAGGCCAACAAUUUGAUGGCUAUACAUUCCCUCAUGACUUGCUUGGGCUGAGUCUGGGCUGCUUUGCAGUUGUGAACAGAACCGUAUCGUCUUGUCCGGCGUGGUUACCGAGAUAUGCCGGUUUGGAGGGAGCAAGUGUUGAGAUACUUCCCAGCGAACAGCUCACUAUCUUGUGCGAGAGUUCCUGCCGGCGUGAUUUAGGCAAUCUAAGAACUUCGAUCUUGGGAGCAUGUACAGCAUCCUCCGAUGUAAUGGUUCCAAACAAGUUCGCGUACCCAGCAACUUUCCUGGUUGACCGUUUUCUCUACGCUGCGAGUCUGUCAUGUCUGAAAGAUAAGGUUUCCGGAAAGUAUUGUGAUGCUGUUGUGGCUGAUUGGGUCAACCAACCCAAUUACACGAACUCUCAGACGUGUUCACAAUGCGAGCUGGGUGUACAGCAGAUACAGCUAGGCUCACCAUUCGGGUUCAGCGACACGCUGGCUCAGGCGUUUGCUGAUACAACAAAGAGCUGUAGCGCGGCAAAUUAUGGAUUUGCUACGCCAACAUCUUACGCGCUCAAUGCUACUACGUUGCCCUCUCCACCUGCAUGCAUAGGAUCAGCAUAUACAAUCAAAGAAAAUGACACAUGCGUCACCAUUUCGGGAGCCAACGAUAUAUCGACAUACCAGGUGAUCACCACGAACAAGCUCAACCUCGGAUGCGAUAACCUUCCUGGUGUGGGUCGAUCUAUCUGUCUGCCUACCGGAAGCAGAUGUCGUACCUACCAGUUGGGUCUUUAUGAAACCUGCGAGACUCUAAUGAUGAGCUGGAAUGUAACCCUUGCUCAGGUCCAGGCAUGGAAUCCAAUGAUCAAUUCGGCCUGUUCUAACCUGGCAUCGUGGAGAGGCUGGUAUCUCUGUUCGAGUUCACCAUCAGGGAUAGCCACAGUCGGUUCGGGCAACACCGUGACGACCAUAGCCCCAGUGCCGACGAAUGCCCAAGAUCAAUCCAAUACUAGAUGUGGACAGUGGUACUAUGUCGAGGCUGGCGACAAUUGCGCUGCGAUAUCGCUCAAGUUCAGCCUAGCCCUGUCGGACUUUUACUUUCUGAACCCCCAAGUGGAUUCAACCUGCCGCAACCUGAGAGCCAACACUUCUUACUGCGUGAAACCUGUAGGGAACAUAGAAACAUACUCUAGAUACCCGACAAGUACGGCGGCAACCACUUUCACGCGUCCAGUGACGACAAGCGACUUUGUGCCCAGCCCAGUCCAGACAGCUACCUUGCGACCCAAGGCCUCCGGCACUACCAGUGACUGCUACAUGUACGAGAACGCGUUCGACUCCACGUCUAAGCUGAAGAACUUGGUCAUGGCAAAUUCGUGCUCUAAUUGGGCAAACUUCGUCAAUGUCACUGUUGAGCAGUUGGUGGAAUGGAACCCCAGUCUCUCGGCAAGUAACUGUGUGCUCCAGGCGGGGAAAAGCUACUGCGUACAGAAAUGGCGGACUCCUCCCCAUGUGGCGCUGCCAUACGACUACUGCGUACACGUGAACCGCACGCGCAUACCAGCCUUGUCAGUUCAGCCGUCGGAAUGUAGCUGCUACACGAUCUUCCGGGUUCAGGACAAGGCCAACUUCAACUGCUCCAUGGUCCCCAAUCUAUUCAACAUCACAGUCGCAGAACUGACCAGACUGAAUCCCUGGAUCGGAUCCGAAUGCGAUACUGGUAUUUGGAGCCAGCUGACGCCGGACGGCUACGAACAGGUUUGCGUCUUGAAAUCUAGCGCGCGGCCAACCGGUUGGCCAAUAUCCUCAACCACUACAACUUCCAUGACAGCCACCGAGACGACUCCGCCGGCUCCUACGCAGCCCGGAGCAUCCAAGGAUUGCAAGAAAUGGCACAAAAUCAUGAGUGGGGACGACUGUUGGAGUGUUGCCAAGGCGGCAGGUAUCAGCUUGGAUGCGUUCUACCGGCUGAACCCUGGCGUAGGAUCCGAUUGUCGUACGCUUUGGUUGGGGUAUGCUGUCUGUAUUGGAGAGUAGGGAAUUGGUUCAAGUACCGCCACGGCCGCGGCUGUGUUUCUUUUGAACCUGAUAUUUUGAGCUAUAGUGUAGAUUCAGACUAGCAGCUCAAGCAUACUAAACCUCUCUCGCAACCACGGAAACCAAAAUAUGGCCUUGUACCUCGACAUGGCUUGUUUAAGGCUUCAAUUGGUUCGCAAAAAGUUCUUGACUUGGUUGAAACCUCCCAACUAAUAUCACUAAAG